UGUCAUACCGCGCUCAUUUCAGACAAAUUUCAAAAAAAUAAUAAAAUUGUCAGUGCAAAAUUUUGAAGAAAAAAAAUGUCCGAAAAAUUCAGAACGAAACCCAAAGAACGACUUUCGAAAUCGAUCGCGCCCACUCAUUUAUCCGAGCAUAUCGCUCGUUUAGCAGUACCAAAGAUGAGCCGUUCCAUCCCGGAAGAAGAGGUGGUUAAAGUGAAAAAGUCCGCAAUGAAGUACAAGGCCACCAAGAGGAUUCAAAAUUUGGCAAAACCCAAGCGAGUUAAUCCGAAAAAGACCGAAGCAAGCAGAGUUGACCCUUUAACUCAGUCUAUUACUAGCGUUAGUCCAAGUGCUUUGAACUAUAAACCUACCAGGAGGAUACUGGAGUUGGCUCAGCCUAAGGAGUAAAAGAUUUGAUUUUCUGGAUUCUUAAAUAAAAUGUAUUAAAUACUUUAUAACAUAAGGCACA